UACAGUCUAAUAAUUUUGCUCAUGAUUCCUAUCAACCCACACAGAACUUUUCAGGAUAGAAAAAUUUCUUUCAAGUAAUUCUCAGCUAUCACUGCAUAUACCUGAAUUUCAGUUCUUGAGGUCAGCCUUGCUUCCUGUAACUAAGCACUGCCCAGAUCAUGUGGUUGAAUCAAGGUUUAGAAUGUGCCGUGGAGAUGGGAUUCAAUUAUUCCAAGUUAUGUGAGAACAACCUCAACUGUGAGAGUCAAGAACGACAGCAGAUGAUUCUGAAGGAUCUCUGUACUUCAGCAAUUCCAUUUGCAGAGCUCCACUGUAAGAACGCCUCUUCCUUUUCAGUGGCCCUCUUGGCAACUGUCUGGGCCUUUAACACCAGCGGAGUUCUGCUCAGUUUCUUCUUCCUCAUCUUCACAGUUCGCUUCAGAAAAAAUAGGAUUGUGAAGAUGUCUAGUCCAAACUUGAAUGUUGUGACUCUCCUGGGUAGUGGCUUGACUUACAGUAGUGUGUAUCUCUUUGGAGUUGAAAAACAGAAUCCAUUGACCAGACCAUCCCUGGAGAUGCUGAUUCAAGUGAGAAUUUGCAUAUUGUAUAUAGGUGGUUCCUUGGCUUUGGGCCCUAUCCUGGGAAAGAGCUGGCGUUUAUACAGAGUGUUCACUCAACAGGUGCCAGACAAGAGAGUGAUUAUCAAAGAUUUUCAGCUGCUGGUGAUGUUAUCACUGUUGGUCCUGGCUGAUAUUAUCUUGCUCUUGAUAUGGAUCUUCUUGGACCCAGUCCAGUGUCUCCAAAAUCUCAAUGCAGUUGUGAAGGUCACUGACAAAGGCAUGAGUUGCACACUGAGAUAUGGAUAUGUCUGUAAAUCUCUCUAUUCUGAAUUUUGGUUUAUUUUCCUUCUGGGAUUUAAGGAAAUCCUGCUGAUGUAUGGAACUUAUCUUGCGGGUCUAACAGAUAAUCUCAGUUGCCCACCAGUUAAUCAGUCACUGACACUCAUAAUUGCAGUGGCUAUUAUUUUCCUCUUUAUUGGAAUUAUGCUGGUGGUUAAUAGUUUUUUCUACAUGUGGCACAAUCUGGUGUAUGGAUUAACCUCAGGAGGAAUCUUUGUCUGUACAUCUUCAAUAAAUUGUUUGAUUUUUAUCCCACAGCAGAUCAGACAGUGGAAGACUUUUGAAAAACAAGAAGUUGACGUCAGCAACAUGGCCAAAUAUUUUACAGGUUCCAACAAGAAUUUCCACUCUACAAUGUAUAGUGAUGAAGAGAUAUACCAGCUGCUAGGGGAGAAAAAUACCAUGAUGCAGCAGCUUGCAGAGAAAGAUACAGCAAUUGCAAAUCUUCAAGAACAAAUGAACAGUGUUAAGGAGAAGUUGAUGAGACUGGUGGCUACAGAGGAUAACCACAGUGUUGCUGACUCUCCAUUUCUUUCUACCUCCCAUUUAUUGCGUUCUCACUCUACAGCUAAUUUUUCUUCAGUGGCAACUGAAAAUCUACCCUUCUCACUUAGCCAGGAGCUGAAGCCAUGGCAGAAUUCUAAAUUCUCAAAUUCACAAUACGUAGCAGGAUCACUUAGUAAAAAAAUGUGCGUUGAUGACCUAGAACUUACAAAUCAAGAGAACAUAUCAUUAGACAUUACUGCUAAGUGCAGACUAGUGAAUAAGAUGAAUUCAGGUGCUAAGAAUGAUGACGAUCAAUGGUUUUCUCAGUCCAGCACUUUACUUACUAGGGAGAAGCUGCAUGAACAGAGUCUCAGUGCACUAAGCAAAGAAGCAAACCAACCACAUUCUUCAGCAGUGAACCAAAAACAAAACCCAGAAAUGAGUUCUGUGAGCAGUGAAAAUUUUCAAGAAACCUUGCAAGACCUGAGUGUGAAUCACAUUACUGUAAUGCAGACAUCUUCCAGGAGACCUAAGUACAAUUAUGAAAGGAGCAUUAUGUUGCAGCCAAAGAAGGUUCAGAAGAAAAUCCCCUUCCAUCUUUCUGGUUCCAAGGCCUCCAGUAUUCAGUGUAGGUUGAAUAAAUCAGCCAGCAGAAUGCAAAGAAUGAGCAGAAGAUUAAUGGAAUACCCUUGGUCAGCACCAAGAAAUACCAAGGAUGGAGUUUCUUUGCAUCAGCCUCCACCUUUGCCAUCACUGGUGCUUAAGAAAGCACUGCAAACUAAGCCUGACAAUGUAUUUGAACAAUUACACAAUGAAAGCUAUGACUUGCUGCUAGAUAAUCAUCUAGUAGAGAACUGUGCAUCCUCAUUUUAUCCCACAAGCUCCAGGAAUUUCCAUUAUCAGCAAAAAGAUUUUCUGACAAGAGCUAUUCCAGGCCUCCUUCCCUUCCAGCAUUUUUACUUUGAUUCUGGCAGCAGUUCUUCUGGAGAGGGAACCUACUGUCACCAGACACAGGCUUGUGAGGUUUGCCAUUGCAGUCUCUCUUCUUCUAGUGACAGCUGCAUGAUUGACACAGAUCCUGAGUAUAGUAUGACUUUAGAUUAUGCAAAACUUUACAGCAACGCUCAACCAAUUGUAAAUUUCAAUGUAGAUUUGGAACCCACGUAUGUGUAAAAAUAAAAUUUGAAUUUAUUACAGA